AUGCCAAGGUCAGCCACGGCUCCCGACACGUUUCCUCCGGCAGCCGGGGAGGGCCAUGGCAGCGGGGUCGGCGCUGGAGAGCGACGGCGCGGGCUGCAGAGGCCAGCCCAAGCCGGGGCCGAACGCCAGCACAGCCGCAGGGGCCCCGCGCCCCUCAGCCCGCCGCGUCCCGCCGCCGGCAUGAGGCGGGCCGGGCCCUGGUGCCUGCUCCUGGCUGCGGCCUGCGCCCUGGGCCGGAGCCCGCCGCCCCCGCGGGCCGCCGUGCGCUGCCUGGCCGCCGGCGCCUGCUUCAGCGCCCACCUCGCCAACGUCUCGUACGCCGAGGCCCGCGGCGCCUGCGACCAGCGGCGGGGCAGCCUCGCCUGGGUCACCGGCGAGCAGGAGCUGGACCUGCUGCUGGACCUGCUGGCAAACGCGGCGGUGCCCGCGCCCGCAGUGUUCUGGGUCGGGCUGAAAAGGAGCGCGUCCGCCUGCACCCACAACGAGCAGCCGCUCCGCGGCUUCUCCUGGGAGGGCGUCGGGGGUGGGACGGCCCCGCAGGAGGUGCCGGCUGCGCUCGGCCAGUGGUGGCAGGAGCCCCUGCCGUCGUGCCUCACCGCCCGCUGCGCUGGGCUGCACCUGGCUCCUGAGCCUGAGGACGACCGCAGAUGGGGCUGGAAGGAGCAGGUCUGCCGGCUGAAAAGCCCGGGCUACCUCUGCAAGUACCAGUACGAGGGUGCCUGCCCCGACCUCCGUCCCGCGGGCGCCCUUGAGUUCGGCUAUCGGCUCCCCUUCGAGGAGCACAGCGGCGGCCCCGGUUUCAGCCCACCGGGCACCGUGCUGACAGUGGCGUGUCCCGGCGGGGAGGUGCAGCUCACCUGCCAGCCCGAGCCGGGCGGCUUCGCCUGGAAGGCGGCAGAGAAGCCCCUCUGCCCCUGCCUCUUCGGCCGCACGACCCCCGACAGCGGGCGGUGCGCCGAGGCCGCCGGGUGCCGCGAUGCCGCCGGCGGCUUCGCCUGUGCCUGCAUCCCGGGCGGCCCGGACGGAACUCCCUGCCCGGGCACGGGGCCGGGCCCCACCACUACAGGUGGCCCCGCCGAACCGUCGGGUGCCAGGGCGGAGGGGCAGCGUCCUUCUAUCCCGACACCCGGUGGUUCCACGGAGCCGCCCGCCACGGCCGCCGCCGGCGGAGAGAAGACAGCUGCUCCGCCGCCUUCCUCCUCCUCCUCCUCCUCCUCUUCUUCCAACUACGUUUUCAUCCUGGUGACGGUCGCUGUGGUGGUGCUGGUCAUCCUGGUCAUGACCGUCCUGGGGGUGUUCAAAAUCUGCUUUAACAAGAAGUCCGAGGGCCGCGGGGACAAGGAGCCGCCGGAGGCCGGCAGCAAGGCGGAGGCAGGCUCCGCGGACCCCGGCGGAGCAGCGGGCGGCGAAUAGCCCCGGACCGCCGAGGCCGCGUCCCUCGGGGCUGCCCCGAGCGGCAGCUGCCACCCGGGCCAGCGCUCGGCUGCCCACGUCCCCCUGCCCCAGCCCUGCUGCCGCGGGACUUCGCUGAGCAGGGCUUGGACAUCAUCAAACGCAGGAGCGCACAGCGGUGUUCUUUUGAGGGGAUUGAAGUCUUUGGACAGCCGGAGUUUUUGUCGGUCUGAAAAACAGUUAUUUCGGUGCUGAUUUCACUAAAAUAUAAAUAGAUCAGCCUGGCCGACAGAGCGAUUGCAGCUGCAACAAUUGUGCAUUUUUAUCCUCUCAGAAGCUGUUCGUCUGGUGCCUUACUUGGAGCAAGCGUAAAGUGGGCCACUUUGAGCACUUGCAUCUUGUAAUUUAGAAUUCGCUCCUUGCAUGAGUGGUACUUGGAGGCUCUCGUUUUCAAUCUAAUUGCUGGAACUUUUGGAGAGGUGAACUGCCAUAAUUUUGGGUGAAACUGCAACCCAUGUGCUUUCAUACUGACAUUCUUAAAAAAUGAAAGAGCAUUUCUAUACUUAGAAAGUCAUUAAACUGCUGAGGAAGCGAGAGGUUAAUGGGGAGUCAGUUUUAUACUUCAGCUGAUGAAAAGAAUAAAGGAUGAUG